ACCAACAAGAAGUUAGAAUCUCUCACUCAAAUUUAGAGAGAGAGAGAGACCUAGUUUUUUGUUUAUAUGUUGGAAAUGGUGAGGAAAUGAGAAGGAAAAACUUGGGUUUUAUUUCAGUUUCAUCCUAGGAAUGGUUGGCUUGGUUUCUUCUGUUUUGUAAGGACAUAUGAAGAACAAGGAUUCUCCUAAUUCUCUUCUCUGCAGAACACAACAAAGGAAUGGGCAUUGUUCUUCUUCUUGUUGUUUUUGUUGUGCAAUUCAGCACCACAUAACAAGACGACAACAACAAAGACAACCAAAACAUUAUUGUUAUCAUUAUUUUUCCUUCUCUAUACUAGCUCCUCCUUUUUUUACUACUAACUCCCACCAAUCUUUCUCACUCGUUCCCAUGCUUCUUGUUGCUUUCCUCCUUGUUUCUUUCCAACUCUCUCCCACCCCUGCAUUUUCUCUCCCCAUUCGACCCGACUCCGACCGCCAUUCUCCGGCCAAUCAGACCCUUAAGCCUCCCCAAGAAUUGCACAAGCUAACAAGUGCUAGAGCUUAUUUAAGGAAGAUCAACAAGCCUUCUAUCAAGACAAUUCAGAGCCCAGAUGGUGAUAUCAUAGACUGUGUGCUUACUCAUCUUCAGCCAGCUUUUGACCAUCCUGAGCUUAAAGGGAAGAAGCCAUUGGAUCCACCAGAGAGGCCUAAAAGCAGCAAUGAGACUAAAGAUAGAGUUGCAGAGACUUUUCAGCUGUGGACUGAGUCUGGUGAGUCAUGCCCAGAUGGAACUAUUCCAAUCAGAAGAACCACAGAGAAUGACAUUUUGAGAGCAAGUUCCAUUGGAAGAUUUGCUAGAAAACCAAGGAGACAUGUUAGGAGAGACUCCACAGGCUCUGGUCAUGAGCAUGCAGUUGUAUUUGUUAAUGGAGAUCAAUAUUAUGGAGCAAAGGCCAGCAUCAAUGUUUGGACACCACGUGUGACUGACCAAUAUGAAUUCAGCUUGUCACAAAUAUGGGUUAUAUCUGGCUCAUUUGGCAAUGAUCUGAACACCAUUGAAGCUGGUUGGCAGGUUAGUCCAGAGUUAUAUGGAGACAACUAUCCUAGAUUCUUUACUUAUUGGACAACAGAUGCAUAUCAAGCUACUGGAUGCUACAACUUGCUUUGCUCUGGCUUUGUUCAAACUAAUAAUAAGAUUGCCAUUGGAGCAGCAAUCUCUCCAAGGUCCUCUUACAAUGGCAGACAAUUUGAUAUUGGCUUAAUGGUUUGGAAGGAUCCUAAGCAUGGGCAUUGGUGGUUGGAAUUUGGGAAUGGUCUACUAGUUGGAUACUGGCCAGCAUUCUUGUUCAGCCACUUGAGGAGUCAUGCAAGCAUGAUACAAUUUGGAGGAGAAAUUGUAAAUAGUAGAUCAUCUGGUUACCACACAUCUACACAAAUGGGAAGUGGCCAUUUUGCUGAGGAAGGAUUUGGGAAAGCAUCUUAUUUCAGAAACUUGCAAGUAGUGGAUUGGGACAAUAAUUUGCUUCCGCUAACAAAUCUCCACCUCUUGGCUGAUCAUCCUAAUUGUUAUGAUAUAAAACAAGGAAGAAAUGGUGUAUGGGGGACUUACUUUUACUAUGGAGGUCCUGGGAGGAAUGUGAGGUGUCCAUGAAUAAAAUUUUGAAAAAAAAGAUGGCAUAGGAUAGAAAACAAGGGUCCUUUAUUAUUAUUAUUUUUGUUAACAAAAGAUUUCUGGGUUUUAGUUUUUCUUUGUAGGUGUUAACAUGGUUUGGGUCAUUUUGAUAUUUUUCCCAUCAUAAUGUAUUCCUUUUUUGUUUUUAUCAUUGAUUAUCCCACUUCUUGGGCUUUGUAAAUUUGGGGAACAUACAAAGUGUUAA